AUGAUUGAUUUAAUUGAAUAAUAUAGAACAGAAGAUAUUAAGCGAUUAUCAUAAUUGUUUAAUAAGCCUAUCACUUAGAGACUUAUGGAAGAUUAUUAUAAACAGAAUGAAAAGGCUAUUGAAUUUUAUUAAGAGUAGAAUAGGCUUUAUUUAAAAAUUGAAGGAAUGUAAGAGUGUGGAGUUUAACCAAAAGAGUUGAUUGAGUUAUAAAUGAGGAAUGAAGAGUUGGAAAGAUAAAAUAGAGAUUUGUAUACAGAAGUUUAAGAAACAUCUAAAUAAUUAAGACAUUUGAAAGAAUAGAGUGAAUUAUAAUAAUAAUGUAUAAAGAAUUUAGAAGUUGAAAAAGUAGAAUCAUAAAAUAAGAUUUAAAAACUUGAAGACAUUCUAGAACAAAAGAAUAAAGAUAUAAGAGAAAUAGUUGAGAGCAGAGAUAAAUUAAUUGUAGAAAUUGAAUAAUUAACAAUUGUGAGAAGUUAAUUAGAAGAAAUGAUGUUGAGAGAAAAGAUGAAAAUUUUAGAAUAAUUAAAUGAAAUAAAUGAAUUGAAUGAAAGUGUAUAAAGAUAAAAAAGAGUAUUAGAAUAGGAUUAAGAUAGAUUUAAUAAAUAAUAUAAAGAUAUUUAGACUUAAGGUAAAUUUUAAACUUUAGCUCCUUUGGCAACAGAAUAAUAAUUAGCAAAGAAUGCAUUCUUAGAUGAUAUACCUUAAAUGGUUGUAAGAAGGUUAAAUAAGUUUCAUAAUGUAGAAAUUUAUGCUAUUGCAUAAAAUUUAAAUGGUACUUUGGUUGCUACUUGUGGAGGAGAUAGAACAAUUAGAUUAUAUGAUCCAUUUAAUUUAACUUAGGUUUCAUAAUAUUAGACAUCUUCUGAUGAAGUUUUUACUAGUAUUGAAUUUUCACCGUCUUAAGAUUGUAUUCUAGUAUCUUCAACAGAUAAUUCUUGUUAAUUAUUUUAUAUGUAAUAAUGGAAGUAGAAAAUGAGAGGAAUUGGACACGUUGAUUAAGUUACUUGUUCAACAUUUUUAGGUGGAGAUAAAGAUUCUUGUGUUUCUGGAUCUAAAGAUAGAUAAAUAAAGUUAUGGAAUAUUAAUAAUGCAUUUUGUACUAGAACUUUAUCAACUGGGAGUUAAGUAUUAUCAAUAAUUAGUGAACAUAAUGUACCUGUUAUUAUUUCAGGACAUAGAGAUGGAUCAAUUAGAGGAUAUUCAUUAAAAAGUGAUCCAAAACCUAUUUUUUAAGAGAAAUCCUUUUUUGAUGAUUCAGUUACAUCUUUAUGUAUUUCAUAAGAUAAUCAUACAUUGUUAUGUUGUUCAAAGGAAGGAUACUAUAUUAAGUCUUAUGAUUUGAGAAUGAAUAAAUUAUUGAAGACUUAUGAACAUGAUAAAUAUAUGAAUAGUCAUGAUCAUAAUAUGAUUUCAUUUGGACCAGAUGAGAAGUAUAUUAUUGCUGGAAAUUGUAUUAUUAUUUAUUUUAUAUUAUAUAGCUGAUAGCAGUCUGAUUUCUUGGAAUAUUAAUGGUAGAUUUCAUAAGUAAUUAACAAAGGGUCAACAUGAAGGAGUUGUUCUAUGUGUAUCAUUUCAUCCAGUAUCUGGACAAAUGUAUUCUGCAGAUACUCGUGGCAAUUUAGUAAUUUGGAAAUGA